GUUAUAAAUGUUGGCACGCCUGAUUUUUGACACUUGUCCAAAAUGUCCACCGUUUCAAAUAUUUUCAAUGUCAAUAUUAAGUUAAUAAAUCGUCAUUUAACCCAUUGUUACUCUGUCAGAAGCUUUAGUUACAUACAUACUAAACGAAAAUCAGCGAAAUUUCUACCAGUCAUUUACCAAAGUCAGAGGGUCUAUGCAAGCAAAGAUGUUGAAUCAAAUUCAUCAGGUGUAAGCGGGGGCAUCUUGGCAAGAACAUUGCAACGCUUUAACGCACUACCAAAGGGCCAAACAGUAAGAGGAUGUUUUCAUCCAGGAUCCUCCGCCCUAUCCAGGGAUGCUCUUCCUUUAAACACCAAAGAAGUCGUAACGGGGACACAAAUGGUCAAAGCAAUGUUACAAUACAUUUGGCCUAAAGAUAACAAAGCUGUAAGAGACAGGGUAACUUUAGCAGUUGGACUUCUGAUUGGUGCCAAAGUUUUAAAUGUAUCAGUCCCCUUCAUUUUUAAAUAUUCUAUAGAUUAUUUAAAUUCUGCAGGCACUUUGAAUUUGGACACAGCUCCAGCCACUGUUGCUACUUUUUCCACCAGUUUACUUAUUGCUUACGGUCUUGCUAGAGCCAGCGCUGCCGGUUUUAAUGAACUCAGAAACGCCGUUUUCGCCAAAGUUGCACAACAUUCAAUCAGAAGAAUCGCAAAAAAUGUUUUCCUACAUUUGCACAACUUGGAUCUAGGUUUCCAUUUAAAUAGACAAACCGGUGCUCUGUCUAAAACAAUAGAUAGAGGGUCUCGCGGUAUCAAUUUUGUACUAUCAGCUAUGGUUUUYAACAUUGUCCCUACUGUGUUUGAAUUGGCACUAGUUUCGAGCAUUUUGGGGUUGAAGUGUGGGGCUGCUUUUGCAGGGAUUUCGUUGGGUUGUGUUGGUGUUUAUGCCGCUUAUACCCUUGGAGUUACACAGUGGCGUACCAAGUUUAGGGUGUACAUGAAUCAGGCCGAAAAUGAAGCCGGAAAUAAGGCCGUUGAUUCGCUUAUCAAUUACGAAACUGUUAAGUAUUUCAACAACGAGAAAUUCGAAGCCGAACGUUACAACAACGUUUUAAAAAAAUACGAAGCUGCCAGUUUAAAAACCAGUUCAAGUUUGGCAUUAUUAAAUUUUGGUCAAAAUGCGAUUUUUAGUGCUGCCACUAGCGGUAUCAUGAUUUUGGCAGCAAAUGAAAUAAUUAAGGGAAAUAUGACAGUCGGCGAUUUGGUGAUGGUGAACGGACUUUUAUUCCAACUUUCAGUCCCAUUAGGGUUUUUGGGUAGUGUUUAUCGCGAAGUGAGACAAGCACUAAUUGACAUGCAAACAAUGUUCACUCUCAUGACAAUGGAUCCAGCUAUUAAGAGCAAAAUUCACGCACCUUAUUUACACGUUGAUUCCAAAACAUCGGACAUCCGGUUCGAAAAUGUGUCUUUUUCGUAUGGACCAGGAAAAGACAUUUUGAAAGAUUUGAGUUUCACGAUUGCGCCGGGUAAGAAAAUCGCAAUUAUAGGUGGAUCGGGAUCAGGAAAGUCAACAAUAGUUCGUCUUUUGUACCGCUUUUACGAACCUUCCUCUGGUCGCAUAUUAGUCGGCAAUCAAGACAUCCGCGAUGUUGAUUUAGAAAGUUUGAGACGAGCGAUUUCAAUCGUCCCUCAAGACUCUGUUUUGUUCCACGACACAAUAAAACACAAUUUACACUAUGGUGAUUUGAUGGCAAAAGAAGAAGACGUUAUUAAUGCCGCAAAAAUGGCCGAAAUUCAUGACUCUAUAAUAAAAUGGCCUCAAGGCUACGAAACUCAAGUUGGUGAAAGGGGGCUGAAACUCUCAGGGGGCGAGAAACAACGAGUCGCUAUCGCUAGAGCAAUUUUGAAAAAUUCGCCAAUUCUAGUCUUUGACGAAGCCACAAGUUCACUAGAUUCUUUGACUGAACAUAAUAUUUUAACUGCAUUGAAGAGAGCAACACAAGGACGGACGAGUAUUUGCAUAGCACACAGGUUGAGUACUGUGAUGGACGCCGACGAGAUUUUUGUUCUUGAAAAUGGUCAAGUUUCCGAAGUUGGCACUCAUGAAACUCUUCUACAAAAUCCUGAAAGUUUAUAUUAUCGAUUGUGGAGGACACAAAACCAUCAGGACUUGGGUGGUAACACGAGAAAGUCGUUUGAAAUUUAAAUGGAUGUGUAGAAAUACGAACUAUUGUUUUACAAAGUUUUAUCAUUUCCCAGUUGUUAAUUUUAUUAAUGUAAAUACUGUAUAUACGUAUACAAAAACAUUUAAUUUAAAUGAAUCUAAUUAUGGAACAAAAUCGACUUUUGAUUGUCCCUUUUGAAAUAAAUUCUUCAUUGUUGUUCAAGUAUCUAUAGCAACCACAUUUAUGUACAUACAAACAUAUGAUCCUGCAAUGCAGUUUUAAUUAUUAAAAGGCUCUACACGUUUUA